CGCACGGCAGGCGUCGUACGUGGUGACGUCAGCGCGCUGCGCGGAUCAGCUGACUGCAGUCCGAGGACGAAUUUACGGGAGAACAACAUCAAACACUGCCGCGAAUUUCUGCUCUCAUCCCGCUUAAAUCGUCCCGCAGGCGGGGCAUGCUGCUGUAGAGGACCUUACGUCUGAGAGAAAACAUGUCGGGAAACAGUCUGGUAUUACCCAUAGUGCUGUGGAGCCGCAACGCGCCCACACACUGCAUCUCCAGCCUGCUGGUGAUGGACGACCUGGCCACCAUCAUCAGCGGCUGCCACGAUGGUCAGAUCUGCAUCUGGGACCUGACCCCUGACCUCGAGAUUAACCCACGGGCUCUGCUGUUCGGACACACCACCUCCAUCACCUGUCUUUCCAAGGCCAGUGCAAGCAGUGACAAACAGUACAUGGUCAGCGCGUCAGAGAGCGGAGAGAUGUGUCUGUGGGAUGUGAACGAUGGCCGCUGUAUUGAGUUCACCAAGCUGGCCUGUGCCCACACAGGAAUACAGUUUUACCAGUUUACAAUCGGUACACAGCGUGAAGGCCGCCUCCUGUGUAAUGGCCAUUACCCAGAGAUCCUGGUGGUGGACGCCACCAGCCUGGAGGUUCUUUACUCACUGGUGUCAAAGAUAUCUCCUGACUGGAUCAGCUCCAUGAGCAUCAUCCGCUCUCAUCGCACCCAAGAAGACACAGUGGUAGCAGUUUCAGUUACUGGAAUUCUGAAAGUGUGGAUCAUCACAGCGGAAGUGAGCAGAAUGCAGGAUAUGGACCCUGUGUUUGAGGAGGAGUCUAAGCCGAUCUACUGUCAGGGCUGCCAGAGCAUCUCCUUCUGCACCUUCACUCAGCUCUCCCUGCUCGUCGUCUGCUCCAAAUACUGGAGGGUGUUUGAUGCGGGGGAUUUCUCGCUCCUCUGCUCCGUACCCAGUGAGAAUGACCAAGCAUGGACUGGAGGAGAGUUUAUUGCCGCCGAUAAAGUUAUUAUUUGGACAGAGGAUGGCUGUAGCUACAUCUACAAACUGCCAGCCAGCUGUCUUCCAGCCAGUGAGCACUUCCGCAGUGACGUAGGGAAAACCGCAGAAGGCUCCAUCCCUCCUCUGGUGUACAGCAUCGCAGACCGAGCUGACAAACAGUUGCUGAUCUGUCCGCCGGUGACGAGGUUCUUCUACGGACGCAGAGAGCCCUUCCACAAGCUGCUGGUUCAGGGCGAUUCGGCGGGCAGGUUGACCCUCUGGAGCAUCCCGGACACUUCACCGCUGCAGCCGCUGUCUUCGGCUGCGGAGCUACAGGUCUCCUCCACUAUCAGCCUGCAGGAGGCGUUUGAUAAGCUGACCCCACUGCCUGCCGGCAUCAUCGACCAGCUGAGCGUCCUACCGGGGUCAGAGGAUCCCAUCAAGGUCACAGCGAGUGUGUACAUCCCCUCACAGGGCCGCCUGGUGUGUGGAAGGGAGGACGGCAGCAUCAUUCUGGUACCGGCCACGCAGACCGCUAUUGUCCAGCUGCUGCAGGGGGAGCACAUGCUGAGAAGAGGCUGGCCUCCUCACCGCACCCUGAGGGGUCACAGGAACAAGGUGACGUGUCUGCUGUACCCUCACCAGGUUUCCCCUCGCUACGACCAGCGCUCCCUAGUGUCCGGUGGGGUGGAUUUCUCCGUCAUUGUGUGGGACAUUUUCACUGGAGAGAUGAAGCACAUCUUCUGUGUGCACGGAGGAGAGAUCACCCAGCUUCUGGUCCCUCCAGAGAACUGCAGCACACGAGUCCAGCACUGCGUGUGCUCUGUGGCGAGUGACCACUCUGUGGGUUUGCUGAGUCUGAGAGAGAGGAAGUGCAUCAUGCUGGCCUCCCGCCACCUCUUUCCCAUCCAGGUCAUCAAAUGGCGUCCGUGUGAUGAUUACCUGGUCGUGGGCUGCACUGAUGGCUCUGUUUACGUCUGGCAGAUGGACACGGGGGCGCUGGACCGCUGUGUGAUGGGCAUAACGGCGGUGGAGAUUCUGAAUGCAUGUGAUGAGGCCGUCCCGGCGGCGGUGGACGCUCUGAAUCACCCUGCGGUGAACCUGAAGCAGGCCAUGACCCGCCGCAGUCUGGCAGCGCUGAAGAACAUGGCCCAGCACAAGCUGCAGACUCUCGCCACCAACCUGCUCGCUGCAGACAACGCAGACAAGGGUAACUUGCCCAAAUACUCCCACAAUGCGCUGGUGGUCCAAGCGAUGAAGACGAACCUGACUGAUCCGGACAUGCACGUGCUGUUCUUCGACGUGGAGGCAGUUAUCAUCCAGCUGCUGACGGAGGAGGCGCAGCGCCCCAGCCCCACCCUAGUCUCCCCAGAAACGCUCCAGAAAGCCCCCGGUGGAGCGGAUAAGGGCGGCUCCUUCCUGGCCAAUAAGAUCUUUAAACAGGUGAAGGAGACCAUCAAAGAGAACAUCAAGGAGCACCUGCUGGACGAAGACGAGGAUGAGGAGGAGGAGAUGCGACGUCGAGAGGAGAAGUCCAAAUCCCUCAGCCUGCUUGAAUACAAUCUGACCAUGGACACGGCCAAGCUCUUCAUGUCCUGCCUGCACGCCUGGGGCCUGAACGGCACGCUGGACGAGGUGUGUCUGAGCCGUCUGGGCAUGCUCAGACCCCACACGCCCAUCUCCUUCGGCCUCAUCUCCCGCGGGGGCCACAUGUCCCUCAUGCUGCCCACCUUUAAGGACUCCCUCCUGAGGCAGCUGGCCCAGGGCAGCGCUGAGGGCAGAAAACUCUCCGUCUCCGAGAUCGUGGGCAAAGGAACGUACGGAGUGUCCCGCGCAGUCACCACUCAGCACCUGCUGUCUGUUAUCUCACUGGCUAACACUCUGAUGGGCAUGACCAAUGCCACAUUUGUGGGGGAGCACAUGAAGAAAGCGCCAGCAAGGCCUCCAAGACCCGGCACCCCUGAGACCCCCAAAAAGACGGCCCCCCAGGUCUCCAACCCAGCCCUUCAAGGACAGAUCAAACAAGCUGCUGCUGCAUCCACUGCAGCUCACACACCUGGCACUGGGGCGCCUCAUGCUGGCUCCACCUUUCAUUCCUCUCCCUCCGUAAACGAAGGUUGGAGUCAACUGGCUGCGAUGCACUGUGUGAUGCUGCCCGACCUGCUGGGGCUCGAUAAGUUCAGACCACCCCUUCUGGAGAUGCUCGCUCGCAGGUGGCAGGAUCGCUGCCUGGAGAUAAGGGAAGCAGCUCAGGCUCUUCUUCUAGCAGAGCUGCGUAGGAUCGGUCAGUCGGGCAGGAAGGACACCAUCGACAUGUGGGCGCCUUACCUCCCUCAGUAUGUGGACGCUGUCAGUUCUCCGGGAGCCUCUCCAGAGACCGCCCAGCCGGCCCCACCCGCGCCUGAAGCCCCACCCACAGAACCCAAAGCUCCGGAGGAGGAGAUGGACGUGACUGAUGAUGACAUCACUGCAGGCUGUCUCUCUAACCUCCCUCCGAAUGCGAAGAAGAUCUCAAACUCAUAUGAGGAAAGGCGUAAGCAGGCCACAGCGAUUGUUCUGCUAGGUGUGAUUGGGGCAGAGUUCGGAGCAGAGAUUGAGCCCCCUAAGCUGCCAUCUCGCUCCAGGACCAGCGGCCAGGCGCCCGAGGGCUUCGGCUUGACCACUGGGGGAUCCAACUACUCACUCGCUCGACACACCUGUAAAGCUCUGACGUUCCUCCUCCUCCAGCCCCCCAGCCCAAAGCUCCCCGCCCACAGCACCAUCCGCCGCACAGCUAUCGAUCUGAUUGGCCGAGGCUUCACCGUGUGGGAGCCGUACAUGGACGUGUCCGCUGUGCUCAUGGGUCUGCUGGAGCUGUGCGCAGACGCAGAGAAACAGCUGGCCAACAUCACAAUGGGGCUCCCCCUGAACCCAGCGGCUGACUCUGCCCGCUCUGCCCGCCACGCUCUCUCUCUGAUUGCUACAGCGAGACCGCCAGCCUUUAUCACCACCAUCGCCAAGGAGGUACACAGACACACAGCGAUGCAGUCUCAGGGCUCUCAGUCUCAGCAGAACGUUCACACCACCACCCUCGCCCGUGCCAAGACCGAAAUCCUACGGGUCAUCGAGAUCCUCAUUGAGAAAAUGCCCUCAGAUGUAGUGGACUUGCUGGUGGAGGUGAUGGAUAUUAUUAUGUACUGCAUUGAGGGCUCUCUAGUGAAGAAGAAGGGUCUCUCUGAGUGCUUCCCUGCCAUAUGCAAGUUCUACAUGGUGGCGUACUGUGAUCGGAGUUACCGUGUAGCUGUGGGAGCUCGGCAGGGCUCAGUCGCUCUGUAUGAUGUUCGCACGGGCAAGUGCCAGCAUAUCCACGGACAUAAAGGCCCCAUAACAGCAGUGUCCUUCGCUCCAGAUGGACGCUACCUGGCCACUUACUCCAACGCAGACAGCCACAUCUGCUUCUGGCAGAUGAACACGUCUCUGCUGGGCAGCAUAGGCAUGCUGAACUCGGCCCCCCAGCUGCGCUGCAUUAAGACCUACCAGGUUCCUCCGGUCCAGCCAGCGUCUCCAGGAUCACAGAACGCCCUCAAACUCGCCCGCCUCAUCUGGACCUCCAACCGCAACGUCAUCCUCAUGGCUCACGACGGCAAGGAGCACCGCUUCAUGGUCUGAGAAUGGUCACAGGGUCGACUUCAGGGUCCCAACUGUGACCUUGGAUUUAGCCGAGUGGAAUCCCGGCAAAGCUUGGGAGACACUCAGCACUUUUUAGUUUAUAUGGUGGGUUUUGUUUUCCAUUCCAGUUUUAAUUUAAAUGUUUUUUUUCUUAGUCAUUAAUUGAAGAGAGUGAUCACAGUCUUAUAGGCUUUGAAGCUACUAACUAUUGUUUUCUCAGAAAUGAGUGAGGUUGAGGGUUUAAGGGUGCCGUUUUAAUUACUUGCAAACCAAAUUUGUGGAUUUUUUUUUUGGUCCUUAACCUGUUAACCAUGAGGCCCAUGUCUUCCUCCUCGUAACCCUGUGUGACCUCCUGCAUGAGGUACGGCCUCUCAUGCUUCUGCUUUCACCUUUUAAGUGACCAGAGCCAACUUGAUGUAUGCCAAAGUGGGCAAAUCAGACGGUGGGGAGUUCAAUGUAUUUAGGUAAAGCUGUGCUCACUAGAAGUGGCCCUGAGUCCUAGUUUCUGUCCUAUCACUGGCAGUUUAUAGUGAAAGAACAUAAUCACAGCACAUAUGUGAAAUAUCACCAGGAAAAAAUCUGGAUUUAGCCUGUUGUGUUAGUGUUUUAUUUUCUAUGGUCUCGUCGUCUAGUCGUUUGUUAUUGUGAAACAGUUUGCUCGUGUGUGGUUGUAGGCACUCAAAUGCUGUAUCGGUAUUUAUCAAACUAGCUUUUCUCAUCCAGGCCUUGAGGUUAGUGUCUGUUAGUAAUGCUAACAAGCCCCAGGCCCAUCCUUGCGCACGCACACAACCGUCUGCUGUAUAUACGAGCUCAGAGAGUUAAAGUAUAGAAUUCUAUUUUAGAGAGACGUUUAAUAGAGAGCUGGUUAAUCUGUGCGAGUGGUUGUAGUUCAGUAAUACGUGACAGACACUUUUACAGGGAAAUGAACAGUUACUGAAGACAGACUAAGGUGAGAGAGUGAGUGAACGAGGUACUGUGGAUCUAGUCAUUUUCUCUCUCCACUUCUUUUCCUUUAUUUUUCCGCGUUUUUCAUUUUCCCUUUUCUUCUGCUCUCCUUUGUUUUUCUCCCCCCUUCCUUUUUCUUUACUUCUGCCUCACCUCAUUUCCUUCCCUUCUAACUUUCUCUCCCUCUCUUCCUCCGUUUCUUAAUUCUCCUAUCUUUUUCUUUGCUCUUUUGUUUCCUGUCUCUCUCUGUUCAUUAGGUCAGUAAGAGGCUCUAACUCUUGUACGCACCUGUAAAACCCCUGAUGUGUCAACACCUUUCACACCAUCAUUCUGGUGGUUGGGGGGUGAAGAGUUAGACAGUUGGCAGGAAGAAACUACCCCCCCCCCCUCUGCGCUCCCUCUCUCCAGGCUGGUGGGUCUGAAGGCCUUGCCUGUCCAGCCAUCAAACCACAUACACAAAAUCUCAAUCUCAGCGUGAAAACACUCUGAGAAAAGCUUGUGUUUUUGCCAUUUUGUGCUUUAGGAGGGAAAAGACACCUGAGAGAGAAAAACUACAGACAGAGAAAUACAGUGUUUUCUAAGCUCAUCUCUAUUUGCCACAUCUGUACCGUAUAAGCCGUUAGCAAAGACAGUAAUUUACCUGAAACGGAAAAAAACCCUGUUGAUUCAAAACACUUAAGGAGAAAAUGUUUUUUCUCUGUUUCUGCAAUACAGUUUUGUUGCUGUCAGAAACAUCUUUAUGUAAGCAGUAAGAAUUUAUAAUACUCAUGCAGUAAGAAUUUUUUUAAGGCCUAACCAUUUACCCUGAUCUCAAACAUGAAUUCCAACAUAUAUAUAUAUUUUUUUUUAAUUAUGCUUUAUACUUUAACAUAUUACCCAUUUUGCAUAGUUAGUCAUUCAGAGUGGUUUGGUGUGAAACUCUCUGUUCUAAAGAAACUUAGUCAGAAUUGUUCACAGUGGUAGUGAUAGGAACCAGAUUUCCUCUAAAAGCUCCUUUACAAGUUACUACAUGAAAUGGUUUUGAAUUCACUGCCUCUUGUCUGAGACACUAUUUUAUAUAAAACACAUGCAGGGUUGAGAGCUAUUUUUUCAGAUUUUACAUUAUUUUACCAUCGACAUAUAAAAAUGGCUGUGUUGUAGUCAGGGUGACCCCUGGUUCCUAUCGCCACCACUGUAAAAAAAUCUGAAUCGCUGUUUACUUCUCAAAAACUGAAUUAUGCAGAGAUUUUGAAAAAUGUAUGAAUUGCCCCUUUUCUAGAAACCACUGGGGAGAUGCUUCAGCAGCUGCCCAGUAACUUCUAGUGCAAGUUUUUCAAGUCAACAGGUUUUCUGUUCUUUUUUAAGGUCAGGGAAACUACUGUCUGAAUUAGUCAACGGUGUUGUAAAGAUUCAGCAGCCAGAUACUCGUGUUCCUUAAAACGGUGUCGGCCCAUGAAGCUUUAAAAGAAAGGCAUUUUAUGGAGGUCUUCAGACUGUGCGUUUCUGUUCUUUUCCUAAUGUCUGAUUCUACAUUUGUUUACCAUUUCUGUACAUAGGCAUGCAAUAUAUGACCAGAUACCUUUAUGUAUAUUGUUCUAUAUACAGAAUAAAGAUAAAAGAAAAUGAAAGAUCUGAAUUGAGGAAAAUAACAAGGGGUGAAAUAAAUUAUCUUCAAUAAAAAAGGAACAAGUGAGGCAUGACUGUAUACACCCUGUAUACUGUUCUCUUCUUUAGUACAGGGAAUAUUUCAAUAUAGAACCAUUUCAUGCUUAAAUGGUUUUGCAUGGCAAAGUGGUUCUUUGGAUGUGUUCAUAUAUGGCUCUAUUUACAACCGUUUAGAAAAUGGUUCGAUAUAGCACCACUAAAACGGCUGUAAAUAGAGCCAUAUCCAACACAUUCUCAAAUCUGAGGAACCAUUUCACCAUGCAUGGAACUCGAGGUUCUAAACAGAACCAUUCCCUUUACUAAAGAACCCUUGAAAGGAGUUACCUGGAGCAGACAGAGGGUUCUCGGUGAUGUUCUCAUGUGACAUCACUCAGCCUGUGUAAAUGUGGCUCCUCACGCUCAGGCUGUCCUUCACUGCGAGUGAUGGCUCCUUUCAUCUCUGUUCAUACCUAAAAAAUAAACUGUGAAAUAACAAAAUUCAAAUCAGAUCUGAUCAAUCUUUCAUCACAUAUCUGAGAACUUUCCUGUGGCUCUCUCACUCACUCACUUUCUCUCUCUCACUCAUUCUCAUCUUCUGUUGACCUGUUUUCUGUAACUGCACAUGCAGGCUUUAAAUCACAGCAGACGCUCCAUAGCUCCAGUUAUUUUCCUUCCUUAUCUUCCUCUCUCACUUUCUUUUUCUACUCCCUCUCUUCUCCUUCCUUGUCACUAUUCUUUUUCCAUCAUUUUCUCUUUCUCUUCUUUUCACUGUGCUCUCUCUCUCUCUAUGUUGAUGGUGUUGAAUAGCUGUCAGGGAGUCUCUCUCCAUCACUUGUAAAUGUUGAAAUAUGAAAUAUCAGUUAAUUUAUGUUUGUAUGCUUUAUAUCAGCUGCUCCGUCCUGUGAAUGUGUGAGUGGGACUCUAACUGAAUAUAUUGAAGGUUAUGUGCUCUCUUUAACACUGUGUUUGAUGAUGAUGAAUCUGUUGUGUACGACUCUGUGUUCAAUAAAAGGAAAUAUAUCAGACAUCA